GCGUCACAGAAGGCGAUGCAACAGGUGCCUCCAACGCGAGAAGCUGGCUUAAAGAGUAUUUAGGGUUAGGGUUUCACUUCCUACCUAUAUAAAGCCGCCUCAUUUGAGACCGCCUUCUCCUCUGUCGCAGAGCGAGAGCAAAGAGGAGAGGGAAGCGGCGAGCGGUCUUUCCCCCGAUCCCUCUGUAGCCAUGGUGAAGUAUUCGAGAGAACCCAACAACCCUACCAAGUCUGCCAAGGCCAUGGGCCGGGACUUGAGGGUUCACUUCAAGAAUACCCGUGAGACAGCUCAUGCAAUGAGGAAGCUGCCUUUGGCAAAGGCUAAGAGGUACCUUGAAGAUGUGAUUGCUCACAAACAGGCUAUUCCCUUCCGGAGGUUUUGCAGAGGUGUAGGGCGUACGGCCCAAGCUAAAGGCCGCCAUGCCAAUGGACAGGGGCGUUGGCCUGUGAAAUCUUGCAGAUUCAUUUUGGAUCUGCUUAAAAAUGCUGAAAGCAAUGCUGAAGUUAAAGGUUUGGAUGUCGAUGCGCUCUACAUAUCUCACGUCCAGGUGAACCAAGCCCAAAAGCAGAGGCGCCGGACCUACCGUGCUCAUGGGCGGAUUAACCCUUAUAUGUCCUCUCCAUGUCACAUAGAGCUGAUCUUGUCAGAGAAGGAAGAGCCUGUCAAAAAGGAGCCUGAGACUCAGAUUGCCCCCAGGAAGCCCAAGAAAGCGGCUCUGCAGGCUUAGUUGACAUGAUGUAGGUUGUUUUGACUUGUUUCCGAACAUAUUUUUGGUGGAAUUUACUUGCACUAUUUGUUAUUCCCGUUUUAUUGUCAAUGUGGAUUUUUGUAAGGAUAUUACCUCUAUUAAAACUCUUAAAGGAUAAAUCCAGUUAGUAGGUACUUUGCAGAAUGUCACAUCAGUUUUUGACUCUA